AUGGCUCAACCUCAACAAGCAAACAAUCCGGCUGCAUUCAUUCCGAUAGAUUCAGAAUUAGAAUACAGUGGAACCUUCCCAGAUAGAAUCUUGGCCAUUACUUUUCAACGGAAUGGUGGAGAUGAUAUCCUUGACCCUAUCAAGCAAUACACUCUCAUAACAGAUAGAGUAGAAUUUCGUAUUGACUUUACUCAGCUGAACAAUUUUACGCAAGCAGAACGAGCCAUCAUUGAACAGCGCAUUUCCAAAAUUCGUGUUGCCAUCAACUACGUUGCCCCUGAUGCACUACCUCGAUCGAAUAAAAUUUCAACUGUCUGGGUGUUUGCCAAUAUGAGCCAAUUUAGAACUCGGCUGCUUAAGAUCUGUGCGGAAUUCGUUGAAUUGGACCAAGGCUGGGAUCUCCUAUGGCAAAUUAAUGGUGGAGCUCCUCAACUUUGUUACAGCAGUGAGAAUGAUGUGAUGGUUGAUUUAGAACAAAUCAUCGACGAUUAUGCUCAUAACCUGAGUUUGCCAAAUGAUGGAUAG